AUGGAAGAGGAGAACCGAAGGUGCAAUUUUGGAAAGUCUGCACUGCGGCAAACCGAGGCUGGCUCUUUGCAGAAGGCCUCAUCUCGGCACAAAAAGGUGCUCUCUGUGGCCUGGCGCUCAAGUGCCUGUGGGUUGGCUCAGCCCAGGGAAGAAGCGCUUGAGGCUGCCCUUCAGCGCAGCGAGACCGAUGGAGAAAGCAAGAGCUCCACACCUCAGCUCAACUGCUCAGUGUGCCCCAACGCCUCCCGGGAGAACAGGGAACUGAGGCCCAAGUCAGAGGCGCUCCCAAACAAGCAACUGGUAACAUCACUGCUCUGCAAGGUGCAUGCACCUGGCGACUUCCAGCAGCAACCUUGGAGCGCCUGGCAGGAGAAGGUGCCUCUGAAAUCCAAGAAAGAGCUGGAGGGGCUCUCUAGUUCAGUCAAGGUGCUGGGUGAGGGCGCUGCAUCCCCAUCUCAAGGCUCUCCUGCGCCACACCACCCCCCGGGGGGACAUGUGUGGGCAGCUGCAGCAGCCAUCAUCAUCCUCAUCCUCGUAACUAUCAUGUCCUCAGGCAGCCCCUGCUAUUGCAUCUUCCUGCUGCUCCUGGCCUUUACUCUUGAGGACGAGAGCUGGGCAGAGGCCAGAAUCCCUCUGACCAGAGGGCCCAAGCUACUAGUGCCUGGGCAGGAGACGUUUCUGGGCGAGCAAGGAAGGAGCAAGGGCAGGGGGGGUGGGCCCAUCCCGAGUCUGGAGGGAGCCCCCCACACCAGCAAGGGGACAAGGGUGCCCAAGGGCUCCAGGAAGGGCCAGGUGAUGGUGCAGCAUCCCCAGGGCAAGACCGAGCAACCCAGGCUACCCAGCCUGUGCCCGCCUGACAACAACGGCCUGCGGCGGCACUACCAGAGCUGGAGGGUGAAAGUGGGCCUCCUGGGCGUCCUGGGGCUGCUGGUCAUGGGGGGCAACGGGUUGGCCAUCGCGGUGCUGGCCUCCUCGGUCUCCGGCUGGAGCCGCAGCAGCCGCCUCGCUCUGCUCUCGCUGGCCGCGUCGGACGCCGCCCUGGCCCUGCUGGUGGUGCCCCUCAACCUGUACCGGGGCCUGGAGCUGGGGCCGGCAGCGCCCGAGGAGGAGGAGGAGGCCGCCGCCGCCGGGGAAGAGGGCCCCUACGCCUACUGCCGGGCCGUGGCCUUCAUCAACUGCAGCCUCUUCGGCGCCUCCCUCUACUCGCUGGCCGGGGUCUCCCUGGAGCGCUACGUGGCCGUCUUCUGCCCGCUCCGCUACGGCCGCCUCCUGAGCCGCCGGCGGGUGGCUCUGCUCAUCGCGGUCGCCUGGCUGCUGCCGGCAGUGCUGCUGGCGCCGCUGGCCAUCCCGGCCCCCGCGGCUGUGCUCCGGGUCCGCUUCUCGGCCGCCGCCCUGCUGUGUGAGCCGGACUACGGCUCCAACGCCCUCUACUCGCUCUGGAUCGCCGGCACCAUCUUCUGUCCGGCCGCCGGGACCGUCGCCUUCACCAACGUGCGCCUCUGGCGAGCGGCCCGCUCCCAGCGCCGGCGCGGAAGGGGGCAGGCGGGGGCGGCCAGGAGGCUUCGGCUGCCCCAGCUGGACGCCGCCGCCCGCGUCCUGCUCCCGGUGGUCGUUGCCUUCUUCGCCUGCUGGGCCCCGUGCAUCGGCACUGUCGUGUACAACUCAAUCACGCAAGAAAGAGUCCAUGAAUGGGUGGAAUUCAUUGCUUUGUGGCUCCCCAUUGGCAGUGGCUUCCUCAACUGCUUUGUCUACUUUUGGGUGAACAGGAACUUCCGGCACAAAUUCCAGAAGAUUGGUCAAAAAGUCUGCUUGCCCUGCUGUCCCACAGAGCAGGAACUGUGGCCACAGCACCUCCAUACCAUCUCUGCUAAUGUGAAGCAGGAUCGUGAGCAGCCGGGCCUUUCCCCACGUUGCUCCUUCAGUGUGUCCCUCUCCAGCAAUGGCCUUCCUCUUCUUCAGGAUGGCUGAUAGCCUCAGGAAUCCGAUCCAGUCAUCUUUCAUUGUGUGGGUUUGUAACUUUUAAUGGACCCUCAAGCCCAUUGUCUUUGUACAGCUGGAGAAAUAUUUGUCACUUGGAAGGCCCUGGGCCCUUGAAGAUACUUCAGGAAAUGGAUAUAUCAAGUCAGCUGUGCCAAAAACUUGACUGCUUCGUUACCUGGGGCCAGAAAUGCCAAGGAGAAGUGGAGGCUCUGCCCACCUCCCCUGGCUGGCCUGCUGUCUAACUCUGCAGACGUGCUUCUCCAGGGCAGUCCCGGGAUGCAGACAGCAGUGCAGAUCAGUGAUGGGUGAUGGUGAAGCAGCUGUCUGAAGAAGUCAGUUUGUGUACAAGGCCUCUCCAGGGGAAUGUGAGGAAACCAAUCCCUGACAAAAAUCUCAGAGCCUUUGGAAUAAAAUAGGCAAGUGAGCACUGCUGACCCCAGAGACCUAA